UCUUCCUUCUUGUCAUUUCCUGUUUAGCGGCGUGCGCCUGUAUUGCCGCCAUUUUAUCAAUCGUUCGUGGCUUUUUGGCUUUGCGUUGAGCCGCCAUCGAACAAACGAUUAUCGUUUUCAAAAUUAAAAAUAUCGGUUUGUAAGUACUAGUAAGGUUCUUCAAACAGUGAUCUUUGUUUUACAAAGUUGAUAACUUCAUCACAAAAUGGGGGACCCCUAUUCAUCAAGUGAUUAUAACAGCGGAGGAUAUUCGUCUCAAUAUUCCGUUCCACCACCAGCAGCCUCUUCUGGGGAUAAUAACUAUAGCGGUGGUCAACAAGGGAGUUACAAUCAGGGUCAGGGCAGUUAUUCUGGACAAAAUACCGGUCAAGAUUGGAAUUCCCAAAGCUCAGGAGGAAGUAAUUAUGGUGGUAGCGGUCAAUCAGGCAAUAGCUAUGGUCAAAAUUAUAGUUCAAACUAUGGUAGCGGAGGAUAUGACCGCAACAGUGGCGGCGGCGCCGGUGGUGGUGGUAACAACUACAAUGUGAGCGGAAGUGACCGUGGGGGAAGCAACUAUAGCAGCGAGCGGAGUGGUGGGGGCUCCAGUUAUGGUGGGAAUGACAGGGGAGGCGGCGGUGGUUACUCUGGUGGUGACCGGGGAUAUGGAGGGGGUGAUCGCUCCAGCUACAAUAGAGACGGUGGAAAUAGAGAUAGUGGAUAUGGUGGCGGCGGCAGGGGGGGUGGUUAUAAUAAAGGUGGUGGCAACGGAGGCGGCUACGGCGGCGGAGACCGGGGGGGCGGCAGUGAUAUGAUCACCCAGGAGGACACCGUGUUCAUUCAGGGUAUGAACCCAUCUACUACUGAAGACGAAUUGUGUCAGCACUUUGGUGCUAUUGGCAUUAUUAAGACUGACAAGAAAACACAAAGACCUAAAGUCUGGAUGUAUAAGGACAAAGCUACCGGUCAGCCCAAAGGGGAGGCGACGGUGACUUACGAGGACAGCAAUGCAGCAUCUUCUGCCAUACAAUGGUUCGACGGAAAAGACUUUAAUGGAGCUACAAUAAAAGUGUCCCUGGCCCAACGUCAGAAUACUUGGGGCGGCAGCAAAGGAGGCGGCGGUGGCGGCUUCCGCGGUGGUCGCGGGGGUGGAGGAGGCGGAGGUCGCGGCGGCGGCGGAGGAGGACGCGGUGGCGGCGGCGGCGGCCCGCCCUCCGGAAACCGGGAGGGAGAUUGGCGCUGUCCCAACCCCAACUGCGGGAAUACCAACUUUUCAUGGAGAAAGGCGUGCAACAGAUGUAAUGAGGAGAAGCCGGGCGGCGGCGGCGGCGGCGGACCGCCCUCCGGCGGCGAGCGC